UCCCCAAGUCAUCUUGCCGCUGAUCUAGAAAAUCGUUUUUGUUCCCCACGGCCCGGAAAAGCAAAUUUCCAUCCCAAACGUGAGUUGCUGAGCAAGCGAUACUAAGUAAAGAAUCUACACAGGAUAAUGGCGGCUACGUUGGAGGAUAAGGCGCUGUGGGAGGAGUGCGGUAUCACGCUGAGCGACGAGGUGCUCCAGAUGUCGACCGAGGAUCUGCUGACCCGCACCAAGAUGGUCGAGAUGGAGAUCAAGGCGAUGAUCAGCGAGGUGGCCCGUAUGAAGCACGAAGUGCGUACACACAAGGAGCGCAUCAAGGAUAACGCGUCCAAGAUUAAGGUCAACAAAACCCUGCCGUACCUGGUGUCGAGCGUCAUCGAGCUGCUGGACAUGGAGGUGCUGGACGAGGAGGAGGACGAUGGUGCGGUGAAGAUGCUGGAUUCGCAGCGCAAGGGCAAGUGCGCCGUCAUCAAAACAUCGACCCGCCAGACCGUGUUCCUGCCGGAGAUUGGGUUGGUCGAGGCGGAGAAGCUAAAGCCGGCCGAUCUGGUCGGUGUGAACAAGGACUCGUAUCUCAUUCUGGACACGCUGCCGGCCGAGUACGAUGCGCGCGUGAAAGCGAUGGAGGUGGACGAACGGCCCACCGAACAGUACUCCGACAUCGGAGGGCUCGACAAGCAGAUCCAGGAGCUGAUCGAAGCAGUCGUACUGCCGGUGACGCAUCGGGAAAAGUUUAAAAAUCUUGGCAUCCUGCCUCCGAAGGGUGUCCUGUUGUACGGUCCUCCCGGUACGGGCAAAACGCUCCUGGCCCGUGCCUGUGCUGCCCAGACGAAAUCCACCUUCCUCAAGCUGGCCGGACCGCAGCUGGUGCAGAUGUUUAUCGGUGAUGGUGCGAAGCUGGUACGCGAUGCGUUCGCGCUGGCCAAGGAAAAGGCACCGACCAUCAUCUUCAUCGACGAGCUGGAUGCCAUCGGUACGAAGCGUUUCGAUUCGGAAAAGGCCGGAGAUCGUGAAGCGCAGCGUACGAUGUUGGAGCUGUUGAACCAGAUGGAUGGAUUCAGUUCGGCGGACGAUAUUAAGGUGAUUGCGGCAACGAACCGAGUGGACAUUCUGGAUCCGGCACUGUUGCGUUCGGGUCGGUUGGAUCGUAAGAUUGAAUUCCCGCACCCGAACGAACAGGCUCGGGCACGCGUGAUGCAGAUUCAUUCGCGUAAGAUGAACGUUAGCCCGGAUGUGAACUUUGAGGAAUUGGCCCGGUCGACCGAUGACUUCAACGGUGCCCAGUGCAAGGCCGUUUGCGUUGAGGCGGGUAUGAUCGCGUUGCGCCGUUCGGCCGAAGCGCUUACACAUGAAGACUUUAUGGAGGCCAUCAUGGAGGUGCAAGCGAAGAAGAAGGCGAACCUGAAUUACUUCGCUUAACCACCGGAGCGGAGCGUCGAAAUUCCCGCCGGUGGUCGCUGCUACUUCCCCCCCCCCCCUUUUUUUUCUUUCUAUACCGCAGUCCUUUGUUUCGCUCUUGUAAAAACGAUCUUUACUCGCACACCGAAUGACCAAUAAAGCGAUCUUUGUGCUGUGCCCUCGGAA